ACCCAGUUGAUUGAGUAUUUUUAAAUGAAUAAGAGAAGUGUAGUUUAGAUUUUGAAAUAAUUAUGUGCCUUGAGAAAUUUGCCGGUAAAGUAGCAGUAGUAACAGGUGCCUCUUCGGGAAUCGGUAAAGCUAUUGUAGAAACCUUGGUCAAAAAUGGAGUGAUUGUAGCGGGAGUAGCUCGACGGGUUGAACGGGUACAGGAACAUGCUAAAGUACUAGAAAAGUUUUCAGGUAAACUGCUAGCUUUUAAAGCGGAUUUAACCAAACCAGAAGAAAUUCUCAACGCAUUUAAAAAAAUCACAGAAGAGUUAGGACCAAUAUAUAUUCUAGUUAAUAAUGCUGGGCUUUUACAAGCAUGUAAUAUUUUUAAUGGAGAUAUUCAAAGGUGGAAAACUACAUUUGAUACCAAUGUAUUGGCCGUUGCAAUUGCUUCCAGAGAGGCAAUUAAAAACAUGAAGGAUCAUAACAUCAAAGGCCAUAUAGUAAAUAUGAAUAGUGUACUUGGACAUCAAGUUCUAGAUCUUCCAGAAUUUAAUGUUUAUCCAGCCUCUAAGUUUGCAGUAACAGCUUUGACAGAAACCCUUAGACUAGAAAUAAAUAGAGAAAAAUUACCGAUAAAAAUUACCAGUGUUAGUCCAGGGUACGUGAAGACAGAAUUUGCUGAAGUAGGAUUUGGAAAAGAACUCGAGAAAAAAAUGUUUUUACAGAGACCUGGUCUUAAUCCUGAAGAUGUUGCAGGUGCCGUGCAAUAUGUAUUAGGAACUCCCGAUCAUGUGAACGUAAAAGAAUUAACAAUAUAUUUACAAGGAGAAAUAGCAUAAGUUUUAAUUUAAGUACUGCGUAACUUUAUGUUUGUAUAAUAUUUUUCAUUUUAAUUGAUAUGAUUACCUAAAUAGUUUAUAUUAUUAACUAUAGGCAUCCAUUUAGAAAAACAUAUAUUUGUUAAUAAACUGACAUAUACUUAU